AUGGCGAGGUCAAUUUCAAUAGCCGACAAUGGCCUAACGAACACGCGAUCCGAUGAGGCGGACUGCGAUUUCGACCUUGGUCUGUUCCUCUCCGACGAAGCGUUCUCAGAUGUAUUUCCCAGAAUUUCGAGGGAUCACGACGAUGCAGUGGAUAGAAUCCAUUCCGAUGACGAACGAAUAUCUGCCUCUUCAAGCGUGUCUGGGGGCGUCCCGCUCUUCGAAGAGCGUAAUGGAAACGAGCCAACACAAGACGUCCCCAAUGCUACGGCUAGUGGAACGAAAGUGGGCAGUCGCUUCACGUCGGCAAACAUCAGAGUCCUCAAGACAUGGUUCGAAAAUCACGAGCGGCAUCCGUAUCCAACCGCGGAUCAGGCCGAACGGCUCUUAAAGCAGACAGGAUUGAGCAAGCAGCAACUGACAAAUUGGUUCGCCAAUACUCGGCGGCGCAGGAGGAUCCGCCCAGGCGGGACCUCCACGCCCGCCCGAACCGAGGCUGGCUCAAGUCCCAUAGACGUGCCAGUUCGACGACCGACACCGAUGGCAUUCGAUCAAAUGAACCCGAUGCAACGAUGGGAGCACUCGCCGCCAGAUAGCGAGCCUGCUUCAGCUGCCGAUAUCUCUCGCGCAGUCGCUGCAUCAUCUAGGCGUCCAGGACUCUUAGGUCGCUCUCGAUCUUCGGCGGGAUCUUGGGAAAACGCCUCGAGUAUCAGCAGUGUUGGCACAUCUCAGUCCAGUGGGAGGUCGAGGUCCAAUGCUUCGGCAUACUCGCAUGGCUCUAGCAAAUCUCCGACCCCCAUGGAGGCUCUUCGAAGGGACCCAAAUCGUCGGAGAAGACGGGCCAUGGUCAAGGAACGGAGAGGAAACCGGUUGAGCCUUCGACAAAUCAAUACAUACCAAUGCACCUUUUGCGCUGAAACUUUCAAGACGAAGUACGACUGGCAAAGACACGAAAAGUCGCUGCACCUGUCACUCGAGGAAUGGGUAUGUUCUCCGUAUGGUUCGACGAUAAAGCACCCCAAAAAAGGUCUCAUAUGUGUCUUCUGCGACGAGGCCAAUCCGACUCAACAGCACCUUGACGACCAUCACCAAGCCGCCUGCUCAGAAAGACCGGCCGAAGAGCGUACCUACUACCGGAAAGAUCAUCUCCGGCAACAUUUGAAACUUGUACACAAGACAACUCAGAUGUCGAAAACUGCUGAGACUUGGAAGGUCACCACGGACAAGAUUCGAUCAAGAUGUGGCUUCUGUGGAAUCACUCUUGAGUCGUGGGCGACGCGCGGGGAUCAUAUUGCGGACCACUAUCGAGAGGACGGGAACACCAUGUCGGAUUGGAAAGGGGACUGGGGGUUUGAGUCCCAAAUACUCGCAAAGGUCGAUAACGCGGUCCCUCCUUGCGUGAUCCAGUUUGAGCAAAGCGCACCUGUCCCCUUCUGUGCAAGUGUCUCCCCGGCUGGUUCUGCACCAAGUGCAUAUGAACUCCUCAAGCUCGAGGUAGAGUAUUUUGUCCGUAAUUACUUUGAGCAAAACGAGCGCCUGCCCUCGGACGACGAACUUAUCUACGAGGCUUGUACGAUCAUGUAUGCCUCUGAGUUUUUCAGGCCCAGCGGCACCUCAAACGUGUCAUCCUGGCUUCGAGACUUGUUGAUGAGUUCUACAGAGCUGUCUGAAAAGGCACGUCUGCGUCCAAUGAAUCAAUGCUAUCAACUAGCCAAACUUCGCGCGAGUCAUCUCCAGAUUAUCGGCAAGGCGGAUAUUUUUGAGGCUUGCGAACUAGAAGUUCAGCUCUGCAGACAUCUUAGAGAACACAUCAUUCUAGGUCUUACGCCCUCGGACCAUGAUCUUCAGCAAGCAGCCUGUGUCAUUCUGAACAGAGUAGAAUCGGCAUCAUCCAAUCCUUCCAGGAGAUUUGCAGGAUUUCUAGUACGCCUCAUAUGGAAGUCGACCUCAUGGCUAGCUCCAUUGCGUCACAGAACAGAUGCCUUUGCAUGGGACUCAUAUCAAAACCUAAUGCCAAGUUUAGAUCCCGUGGCGAACACUUCUAGUGCUGAACUCGAUGGCUUCUUUACAGAACUAGCUGAACUAGAUCAGUUGACAGGAGCGGCAGAAAGGCUUAUACCGACGACGGGCGGCGAAUUACGAUCAGCCUCUCAAUUUGGGCCAGAUUUCGCGCAGAAAUCCUCAAGCUAUUGCGACCCUGUCGAAGAUCAAGAUUACGACUCGCCUUGCUUCACGUUCGAUACCAUGCCAACGAAGCCUAGCGACCUUUACACGCGGUUGCAGACUGCCAAGUCAAUAUUUGAGGGAUCCGGGCACUCGUUGAGACAGUCUGAGCGUUCGAGAGGCACUGAUAUGCCUUUCUUUCUUAACGACCCCAAUAGAUAUGCUCGUUUGAAAGGGGAGCUAUCGCGGUUCGUUGCGACUACUAUUUCACCUCAAAACCCAAACAUGCAUAUCCCUUCAGAUGACGAGCUCAGAUACCAUGCCAGAUGGGUCAUUUUUGAUGACGACGAUCCGUGGAAUCAAACGGCUGCAGACAUUCCCGAAUGGCUGGCCGAAUUCAAAAAGGGAGUCGGUCUUGAAUGA